GGAAACCAUCUAUGGAAAUCGAGUUUUUUUCACGAUGUCCGACCCAAACUACUGUCCGCGGUGCGGUUACUAUCUGAGAGAGAGGCAGAAUCGGCGAGUGGCUAGACAACGACGGCAACAGCAGCAGCAGUACCCAGAGCAGCAGGAUCCAAGGCAGCAGCUGCAGCAGCUCCGACAGCAGCUGCAACAGCUCCAGCAGCAGCUCCAGGAGCAGCAGCCGCAAGCAGAGCAGCCGCAGGCAGAGCAGCAGCAAGAUCCUCCGGCCUGAUAGAAUGAUUAAGAUAUGAAUAAACAAUAAAUUUUUUGACCUGCUCUUACCACCACCCCCUAAUUGGGGGUACGGUGAGAGCGGACGAAGCGAAAAACCAUAAUGUCGUUCAGGAAAUGAAU